CAAUCAUGACAUGAUAUAUAUCAUGUUCCACCUCGGACUGGCCAGUGGCAAACGUUCAAACAUUUAGGUUCUCCGAGCAUAAAACUGGAGGGGACCAAACUGUCCUAAAUUCGCCACACCACAAACGAGUGCCACUUAUUGAUUCAAGGGCGGCCAACAUUAGAACUUUUUGAAAACACGGAUCCGUUCGGAACGUACGGAGCACCUGUUCCAUCCUAGACCUUGAUGGCAUCCAUUCCGCAAGUGGUGCUUAGGCUGAUUCAUCAAUCGCAUCGAGCAUCUGCACCGGUCACACGCGAGCUUGUGGACACCCCCAUCCCGAAUUAGCUGCCCACAAAAUUAGGAGUCAGUGAUCUAUCAUUAUACACCUACGAGUUCAGCUGACGGCCCCGCAUAUAAAGGCGUCAUUCUCCUCGUAGAUCGUCUGAAUACUCUGAGCUCCAUCCUACAUCUUCUAGAAUCUUGUCUGAUAUCCUCUCCACUGUAAUAUGCGUGCUUACUACUUUGACAACCUCGAGGGUGAUCAACGUCUCCCGCAUGACUCUGGAAUGGAUGUUUCAGAUGAGAUCUUGAAGUCCAUUGGCGUCUUGCAUUGGCGCAUUCCUAUUGAUGCCGAGGGCAAGUACGAGCAGGAGAUUGCUGUUAUUGCGAAAGAAAGGAAUUACAAGAACCACGAUAUUGUCGCUAUCAGCAAAGAGGGCCUCGGUGAUGAAUUUGAAACAAAGAUCAAGAGCUUCUACCACGAGCACAUGCAUGAUGAUGAAGAAAUCCGAUACCUUCUUGAAGGCACCGGCUUCUUUGACGUUCGUGAACAUUCCAGUGAAUCCUGGAUUCGUUGCCACAUGGGUGCCGGUGACCUCUUGGUCCUCCCUGCGGGUAUUUACCACCGCUUCUCCCUCGAUAUGGGUAAUCGCGUUCGGACCAUGAGAUUGUUUAAGGAUGAGCCAAAGUGGAUUGCGCAUAACCGCAGUGACCAAACAGAUGCUAACCCCUUCCGCUUGGAGUACUUAAAGAGCAUUGAGGUCCAGUAAAUCCAUGUGUCUAUUGUAGAGCAUAGUGAUAUAUUUUAUGAAUGAGAUAUCUCAGUCGACACUGCAAUUUGUAGUAUUCAGGCUGGCGACCUCUGCUUCAUUUGACGGCGUUGUUAGUCCUCACAAUGGAAGCAGGUGUCAGAUUGAUAAAGAGAAUUUUUGGUGACGCGACGGAUUCAUCGCCACACCGAAAAUUGAAGAUGUUUGUGUAAGUGUGUUCACAUUUGAUGCCGCGAAGACAGUUUCCUUUGCGACCCACGUAUGCAACUACAUUUAAUGGUUGUCUAUGUCUGGAGCUAGCACGAACCGUGCUCGACCUUUGAACGGAUCUCUUAGCUCACGGUCAAUUGUACACAGCGU